AUGCUUCCGCUACCAGCGAUUGCAAGCCACCACCCCUAUUCCCCAGCUGCCCUCCAUAGCCAGGUUAGUAUCACAAUUGACUUUGAUAAAACCGUUAUGGGGUUUUUCCCACUAAGAAUCUCUUGUAUGCGCUAUUUUGUGAAUCCAUGUUAUGCUGAUUUUCAAAUUGUGGAUUCAUGGUUGAAGCUCCAUCUUGAUUCUAUGCUCGAUUACGAGUUCUCUGAUACUUCUCUUGGUCGAGGGAUUGAUCGUGGUUUCCUUGAUUGGUAUGGUCCGCGUGGCUUUGGUUUGAGGAAUGGAGGUUUCAUUGCAUCCCAUGAUGAUCUGACUCUUGGUCCGGUCCUGCUUGUUCAGAAGGAAAAGAUACCGCUGAGUCAGAGAAUGUGGGGAACAGGCCCCAGGAAAGGGAGUGGACCAGAAAUGCCGGUGUGA